AUGAACCUGCAUCUUCCUGUACACAUGCACAAUCCCUUCGAGCCAGCAGUAUUCAGGGCAAAGCCAACCUUCCUCCUUGCAGCUGUGCCUGAACUGGCAGACCCGGAGUUUCGUGCACGUCAGCUCCGGGCCAUGCAGGCCUCCUCCAACGACACCGUGGACCUCGUAGCCUGCUGCGAUGUUGUGGACCUCUCUGAGGACGAUCCACCUGCUUCGGCUUCUUCCAGUGCGACAGCUUCCUCCGACCUCGGGCCUCCAACCUCUUCGCGGCAGUGUGGUCCCCUGCAAAGCAAACGUCAAGGUUCUUGGAGGAGAUAG